GUCAGAUGCUUUUUAAUCAUUUCAUUUAGUGAAUUUGAUAUGCUUUUCAGGUUUUAUAAGAACACUGGCUCUCGUCUCUGUUAUUCUGUCUGGUACUAACAUGAACAACACCAGUACAACAACCUUACCAGAGACAAGCUUAGCUGAUGUCACUGAAAUGAGCAGCAAAUUUACAACAGAUGCUGUAAGCAUGUUGCCAGAAACAAUCACACCAGAUGAAAAUUCAACAUCUACAGUUGAGGAGGACACUAAACUUGGCUUUGCUUUACCAUUGGUCACUUCCACAGUGUCUGACAGUUCCACUUCUACAGUUUCUUCACACACCGUCACUACCAUAAUAUGUACCAAUCCCACUACUACAGUUCCUGUACCAACAGUCACUUCCACAACAUCUACUAGCUUUACUUCUGCAGUUUCUAUAGAGUCAGUCACCUUCGCAACAUCUAAUAGUUCUGAUAAUUCGACAGUGCCUUUACAGUCUGUCAAGUCCACGAUGCCUACCAAUUCUACUACUGCAGAUCCAGUCACUUCUGCCACAUCUAAUAGUUCUGCUGAUUCUACUGUUUCUUUAGAGCUAAUCGAUUCCACAGCAUCUUUUAGUUCUGCUAAGACGACAGUGUCUUCACAGCUUGUCACUUCCACAACGUCUACUAAUUCCACUUCAAAAGAUUCUUUAAAGCCAGUCACUUCCGCAACAUCUACUAGUUCUGCUCAUUUCAUUGUGCCUUCUCAGCCGGUCAAUUCAACAACACCUACUAAUUUCACUUCGACAGGUGAGGAUGAUGCUGGACUGGACUGGACUAUUCUUUAA